AUGCCCAUCGUGUUGGCAUACGGGCAUUGGCGACAAUCGCCGCGAGUGCUAACGAUGAGACCCGACAGUAUAACACCACCGUUUGCCGAGGAUAUUCGAUGGUUGUUCACAAUAUCAGUACAGUUAGGAACUCCAUAUUUUGUUAGCUUCCUCGAUGCUGUUGCAAAAGCUGUAUCUUCACCAUUCUUGCUUUUCCAAUUUGCUAUGGAAGCAAACACCCGUCUUCCACCUUAUCCUCAGCAGUACUCUAUGCCACCUAUCAACCGCUCGAUGCCGCCUCCUCAGCCAAGUCAUUCGAGCAAAGCCUUUGCUCAUGUCGCCGGAAGGGCGCGAGCAGUAAUGCUCCAAACAUAUGCUCAUCCAUCCACAGCUGAAUUGUACGAACGAUGUAUUGAACAGUUUUACGCGGCUGCUGGUGUGAAGCUCAGUCACAAUCGAUUUAAUAGUAGUGAUAUGGAGGACGCCCAUCAAUUAUUGGUCGCAGCAAUCGCCGCGUUUAUGCGCAUACCACACGCACCAACUGCACAUACUUUGUUGGAAGACUUCUACCGGCAUGUGAAAAAGCAGAAAGCAUGGAAGAAAGACGUUCAGCACCGUCUUGGCUCUUUACUACACGAAGCAUUGAAUCAACAACGGUAA